UGUGAGUGGAAUCACCUUGCCUUGGAUAGUGAGGUGCGGAGUGCUCUCUUCGACGACGCAGCGCAAUCCCUUUUUCAGGAGGGAGGUGGGCGAAAAAAUGUUGCGACCAAGUCCCGGAACGAUGAGUCCCUGAAUCCGCACGCGCAAUUGCUGUCCUCGAUUGUCCUUGACGGUGCAGUGUAGGAUGCCCGUGGCCGUGCCUUUGAGUUGUCUUUCUCCGGCCACGUCCACGAUCUUUGGAGAGUUUCGCUGGGUGUAAUCGUGGAGGUUUCCGUCGGGGAUGAGGCGAUUGUCAAACAUGGUCUCCGAUGCUCCCGUGUCUACCAGCAGGCCUACCCCGGUGGAGCUCGCGGCGAAGUUGCGUCCUGAGAUGCGGGAACACGUGCCGAACAUGAAGCCGCUGUCAAAGGCGUCCUCGUCCCGGGUGAAGUCGACAACUGCCACUUCAUUGUUUGAGUCGUGCUUGUUGGACGCCGACGAGCAGUGAGUGCAGUUGGAGCACGCGGUGAAUGCUUUACUUGAGUCCUUGGUGUCUUCCGGGCGCUUUCCUCCUUGCUGGUAGCAUUCCUCGUCCGAGUGAGACGUGGUGUUGUGCUUGGAGCACCACUUGGUAGCUCCGGCGGGCUUCGUUUUCUUCUUCGCCCUGUUCUUGAUCUUGGGGCAGUUCCUCCUGAUGUGCCCCGGCUCGUAGCAGCUGUGGCAGAUGAUGUCAGACGCGGUCGUUGCCAUGGCAAAUCCUCGACCAGCUAUGCGUCCCUUCCAUCCCUUGCGCGAUUGUUCGUCCAAGAAGAUGUUGCGCAUGGUGGAUUGCAUGUCCAGGACGUUGAAGGUUGGGUCUCUGAACACCAUCAGUUUGACGUCCUUGUAUUCGUCGGAGAAGCCCUGUACGCAGAUGUCCUUGAAGCGGCGGUCGGAGAUGGGUUCUCCCAUCUUAUCCAGCUGGGUGCGAAGUAGGUGCUUCUGGUUGAAGUAGUCGUCGGGAUUUUCACCAGGGUUCAUGGGGUUGUUCUCCAGCUCCUCCAUCUUGGCCCUGAUGACCUCGUCCGUUACCCUGUCAUAGUUGUUGCAGAGCUCCUCGAAGGCAGCUUGUCCGUCGCCGCUGAUGCCCGUGUCGUCUUCGUGCUUCUGUAUCGACAAGGCGGCUGGAAGUUCCACUAGGAGGAAAAGAAUGGCGUAGAGAUCUUCGUUUGCCCUUGUGUAGGAGUCGAAGGCCGCUGUGUCUGCGGGAUCUGGCUUCCUUUGUUUCUUCAGCAGUGGCAGGAUGUCCUUCCUGGUCACACCUAACACCACGCAGAAUUUCUUCAUCCAUGUCUUGAACUCAGCUGGGUCCUUUCCGUCGAAUUUCUUGAGGCCUUUGAUCACGGUUGCCAGGUUCGUAGAACUAUCGCUGGCGAACGCGCUUCCACCUCCUGUGUUGCUCGUUGCAGUAUCCAUUGCUCGUUCCAGCUUUAUUUUCUUCGUCUUGAUAAAAGUACUUCCUGCUGUAGGAGUAAGUUUGCUCGUGGUACUACUGCCUGUA